AUGUCUAAAGCUGUCGGUAUUGAUUUAGGUACUACCUACUCCUGUGUUGCUCACUACGCUAACGACAGAGUUGAAAUCAUUGCAAAUGACCAAGGUAACAGAACUACUCCAUCUUUCGUUGCCUUCACUGAUACUGAGAGAUUGAUUGGUGACGCUGCCAAGAAUCAAGCUGCUAUCAACCCAUCAAACACUGUUUUCGACGCCAAGCGUUUGAUUGGUAGAAAAUUUGAUGAUGCUGAAGUUCAAAACGAUCUUAAACAUUUCCCAUUCAAGAUUGUUGAUAAGGGUGGUAAGCCAAACAUCCAAGUUGAAUACAAAGGUGAAACCAAGGUUUUCACCCCAGAAGAAAUC